ACGAUGUGUAAAUAUCAAGACCAACUUAUUUAAAAAUUUCUAUUCCAUUACUUUACAAUUCCUGAUCCAUUCCUUCGAUUGAUUUUCCAUUAUCAUCAUUAACAUAAAUUCUAUAAUAUGGACUAUGAGAUUUUCAAAUGACAAUGACGAUGAUGAUGAUGAUGAUGAUGAUGAUAUAGAAAUGUAUGUGAUAUAGAAAGAGAGAGAGAAAAUUUGUGUGUGUCCGGCUGAAUGAAUGACUGAGUGAGUGCGAGGUGAUUGAAAAACCAUUAGAAUGUAAGAAACUAUAUAGUUUUACCACACAGUCGCAACAGCAAACAGAUUGCUGACAAAAUUGAGUUUUGGUAGUAGAGAGAUGAGCUGUUGUACACACAAUAGUAACGGAAUAACGUCACAGCGACAACAUGGUGCAGCGAAAUACGUCAGCAAUAACAAAAAAAGCAAUGGCACAAAGGGGUCGACACUUACAGAAGGCGAGGAAAACUCUAUCGCUAAAUCGGCCAAUUUAAGAAAAAGUGUGCCAAAAUUCGCGAAGAUCUCACGAAGUACUCAGAGUGACCAUCGCCCAAAAGUCGAGAUUUCUGGAUUACCAAGUAUUCAACGAAUCGUGUCAAUCGGUGUUACACGAUUGAAAUACGAAAAGUUAUUUGACCAACAAAAAAGUUAUCAUGUUAUAGUAAAGGAAAUUACCAGUUUGGCGAAGGAAAUCCCAAACCGUGAGGAUCGACCAAUUAUUUACGCAGUGGCCAAUGCAAGAUUUGCCGCAAAUUCACCAAUAAAAGGGAACCUAAGAACACCCUUGAGAGGCCUUAUCGCUACAUUGAACUACUAUGUACUGUUAGUGCAUGUGGAUGAGUUCCGAACAUCAACGACUUACAGCCGUUGUCAUUGUGCGCCUCAAAAACCGAAAUACCAUAAGCCAGAGAGCAGAAUCAUUAAAGACCGUUUUCUAGUUUGCCUCAACUGUACAGUCGUUCCAGUUACAUGGUUUGAUCAAAUCCACAAGUCGAAGAAGCACCCGUCAAAUGAUAGAAUGCAUUUUGAAUUCACCGCCGGAAAUCAUCGUCAACGCUUGGAUAGAACAAAAGGAAAUUUUUUCACCAUUAUUUGGGAUCGAGAUACGUUAAUGCGUUACGAAACAUGAUCUACAAGACGUUGUGUAUAUUGAAAAAAGUAGCCAUGCAUCAACAUUUUCGCCGUGAAAAAAGCCCACAAACGGUCUUGGCAUGCACAGACAACCAUACACUUUUAGUUGUCUAAGCUAAAAGUAGCGGUUUCGUGAUUCAAUGAACAACUACUACUACUACUACUAAAUAUCAAAUUAAAGCAAUGUUGUUGUCAAUAAUUUUGCGCUUAAACUAUAUACUUUCUUUUAUAAUUUCAUAUUCAGAUCUGUUCCAUUACUUAUUGAUUAAUUUCCAUUUUUUCCAACCCUAGGUAAAUAAG